UCCAACAUCAUCAUCGUCUCUCUCAAACAAACCCAACUACAUAUGUGCCAACAGCACAGUUGAAGUGAAAACUGAAGCUCAAAAAACACUUUUUUACACUCACUCUUGCUAACUAUGGCUGGUACCCAAUUCUUCAAUCUUUCAAGAUCUUCCUUGGCCAAGCCCUCUAGGCCUCUUCUCUACAACCCCAUUAAGGCAUGUCAGAAUUAUGGGCAAGGAAGCAAGGGGAGGUUGAUGGAAGAGAGGGCACCUUCCACAGCUGAAGAAUUUGAGCGUGUUGCAGAGGAGAAGAAGGCCAAGGAAACCAAAAAGGGGGUGGCAAGUCAGAGCCUAGGCAAGGCCAUUGAUGGUGCUGAAGAAGCUGCAAUAGGUAAACAAAAGGUUGAAUCAGUUAAAAAUAGGUACAAAGGGGGUGAAUAGGAACCUUCAAACUGUGUUUAGCUGUUGUAUAUGCAGCCAGAGAAUAAGUGAAUGCUGUCUUGUAUUCCAAAAAAAGCUUGUUUAAUUGUCAGUGUUUUUACAGCACAGAGACCAAACAAUUGAACCCUUUAGCCUUUUGUUUAGUAAAUUAUUCAUGUCUGCUCA